GCCAAAGACCUCGCGCCGCCGCCAUGUUCGCCUGCCGCGUCCGCCACCUCCUCGGCGUCCUCCCCCGCGGCUUGGCUCCCCACGCCCCCUCCCCUUCCUGGCAUGGCGCCGCCGCGCGGCGCCACUACCGCCAGCUGCAGGAGGAGGAGUGGGAGGAGGACGAGCGGGGGGAGUCCAGGGCGGUGAAGGUGACGGUGUGGUGGGACCUGCAGAGGUGUCGCCUCCCUCGCCGCGUCGACCCGCGCUGCCUUGGCGCGCGCGUCACCGCGGCGCUGCGGCGCGCCGGCAUCCGCGGGCCCGUCGAGAUCACCGCCUUCGGUGACGCCACCCGCAUCCCGACCGCCGAGCAGGAGGCGCUCACCGUCACCGGCGUCGCCUUGUCGCACGUCCCUUCCAGUGGAAAGGAUGGUUCUUACAGAUCAUUAAUGCCUGAUAUUGUCUCUUGGAUUGCUCAGAACCCUCCGCCAGCCCAUUUCCUCCUUAUAUCUGGGGAUGAAGAAUUUGCAAGCAUUUUGCAUCGUCUUCGGAUGAGCAAUUAUAACGUAUUGGUUUCUUGCCCUGAUGUUGGCUCAAAGAUGUUACGCAGCGCAGCGACAUUUAUGUGGCCAUGGGAACCUCUAGUCAGAGGGGUGGAUCUUGAACCCAAAUAUAUAAAUCAACCACCAGAUGGUUUAUCUCCUUCUUGGUAUGGUCAGUACAGGGAAUAUGGUCAUGACCCUCUCUUGAAACCAAAGAAACGCAUGGCUUUACGACAGUAUGCCAAGGAACAUAAAGUCCCCAAAUCUGUUGUCAUUGGGAUUAAGCAAGUACUGCAUUUUUACCCUGAAGGGAUCAGUGUGUCAAAUCUUCGACAGGAACUUUUAAGGAUCAAUGUGUUUAUUGAUAAAGGAUUUUUUGGCUUCAGAAGGUUCUCUGCCCUUCUCAAAGCUAUGCCUGAUGUUGUAAAAUUUAUAGACCCUCUACCAGGUGAUACCCAGCCUGCUGUGGUUGGGGUUUUCAAGAGUUCAGUAGUCUCUUCUGAGCAAAGUGAUUUCAACGGAAUGGAUUCUGCUCAAAGUAGCAUUAUUGAGGAAAAACACCACUAUGAAAGUGAAAGUGAAAGUGAAAGUGAGGAGCUGUCAUCAUUGUUUGACCAGCCUUCCUUGUCAGAAUUACCAUCAUGUACAGAAAAGAAGACUCUGGAAACUGAAGUCCCAUCCUCCCCAUCAGAACAAUUAUCCAGAGACCAUAGGAAAGCUCCUGGACUAACUGAACUAGCAGAGCCACCUUCCAACAAUGUGGAAGCUGAUGUUACUCUGACAGAGGAUGUUCCAUCACCACCAUCUGAUGCACCAUCUGUGGGUCAAGGGAACGCUGCAGCUGUUGAUCUCGUUAACAAAACAGAACAACCAGUCAACCAUAUGGAAGCUGAUAAGGUGGAUGCUGCUGGCACUCCUUCCUCAUCAGGGGUGCAAGGUAAUAUCAGCAAUAAAAGGGGACUAUUUGGACGCAUAUCAUCUCUGUGGAAUGGCUGAAAUGCUUAGGUUUUGUGGCAUCUCUUAUAAAGCAUCCAAUGAUUACCAAUUGAUCAAUGCAUAGGCAGAAUCUUGUAGAAUAGUUUGUUCAGACUUCAGAUGUGUGGUGAACACAGAAUGUUCAUCUGAAUACACUUAGUAUGCUGUAUAAGAAACCACUGCAUAUGUUGAAAGGAUUCUAUUCAUUA